GCGGUACGAUGCCGCGCAAAAAAUUCGUCAAAUCUAUUCGUUAAAUAAAAACCACGUCCUAAGAAACUUGUUCUCAGUCAAUUAACAGACACAGAGUAAGAUGGACGCUAAGACAUUAGUGGUUUUGGUCUGCCUCAUACAACUGGCCGCAUCCAGCCCUUUCGGAGACGGUUCCAUUACGUUGUUAGACGGAUCCAGUCCAUUGAGUGUCUGCGGCGAGAACGAAUGGACGAACGGCUGCGGCUCCCCAUGCGAGGAGACCUGCGACGCUCCCCACGUCAACUGCGUCCAGGUCUGCGCUGGAAAUCCGUGCAGGUGCAUCGAGGGACACGUCCGACACAACGGACGAUGCAUUCCGCUGCAGGACUGUCCCAAAAAGGAAUGUCCUCCCAACGCCGUGUGGGAUUUCUGCGGGCAAUAUUGCACACCCACCUGUGAGACGCCGGAGCCGAUCUGCCCAGGGUUCUGUACGGUGCCCAGCUGCAUAUGCACAGAGGGACACGUGAAGGACGCUGAAGGGAACUGCAUCAAGAAGGAGAACUGUCCUCAAGUGAGUUUGGUUAAAACUUAAAAGAUUCGCACCCUAACUAAAAUAAGCGGAAAGCAGUAGUGAACCACAGUUAAAUAAAACUUAAAAGCCAAGAAAUGUGAAUGUG